CUGACGACGGAAGCGGCGUGGGGGUUCGAACGGCGGCCCUCGGACUCGUGAGGCGGUCGCAGUCGCCGACAAAUAAACAACAACAACAACAACGACGACAACAACAACAACGUGGGCAAGAAGAAGCAGCAGAAGCGGUAAACAACAAGUGAGCAACUCCCACAGGCGGAGCGGGGAGCGGCACCGCGAGGCGGUGAGGAUGGACGCGAGCGACAGCGGCGGCGUGGACUGAGCAGGAAGAGUUGAGGCGGGGGUCGUGGCUUCUGCAGGAGUAUGCAGGGAAGAUUGGAGGUUCUGGCCCUGGCCAGCAUCAAGCGAAGGAAGCCAUGGCCUCAGAUCAGAUGGAUGGGCCUGGACUCGGAGAACCUGCUGCUGCUGGACGAACGCCGCGCCUCGGUACUUUUCCUCCCGUCGGGACGAACGCGGCGCCGCGUUCCACGCCUCCACUCGCUGCUCCCGCGCGUCGUCGCCAUGGCUCCGUCCAGAAACGGCGCGUGGCUCGCUGGCGUGCUGGUGAGCGGGGAGUUGUUCCUGUGGCACAAGGACACGGACUCACUGAAGACGGCACCCGCCCACCCGGCCGUGCUCGCGCUCACGAGCAGAGCGGGCGAACAAGGAUCGAACGCCCGUCUGUGGGUGCUCCCCUCGGACGAGGGCCGGCGCGUGCUGCUGGGGGGGGCCCCGGACGGGCCCCUCCUGUGGGAGCUGCGCGGGGUGGAGGGCCCCCCGCACGCCGUGCCAGGCUCACUCCUGCUUGGCCGCUGGGCUCAGCUGCCUCCGCCUAGCGACGUGCCGCUGCCCAGCGCCGCCGACAAAGAGGCCGCGGCGCACGCGGUGUUCUUCACAGAUCCGGAGCUGGGCGAUUGCUGCCUCUGCUCGUUUGUGUUCAGUGCUGGCCAGAGUCUCAUCAUAUCGAGCCUCCUCCUCCGCUGGCUCGACGGCUCGGACGCGCUCUUCAGCGUGGCGCCGUUCAGUGCCACGUGGCACGGGUUUGCCUGUGCACUGGGCUCCCUCUCGCCGGCGUGCGAGGCGGUGAAGUCGCGCGGAGCGUACGUGGCGCGUCUCUCCAGCGACGGGCACGUGCUCGCCAUCGCCGUCAACCAGAGGCACCCUCAGGCCACCCAGGUGCUGUUCACGUCUGCGACGGGCGGCGUCUCGGUGUCCUCCCACCUGCAGGGCUGCGGCUUCCGUGGCCCCACCCUGCUGCCCAAGUUCAUCAGGUCGUACUGGGUGAGCGACGCGAGCUGGCUGAGCGGGGACGCGCUGCUCGCGUGCAUGCUCAAGCGCGGCGCUCUGCUUCUCGUGUCUCGCCUCGGGGAGCCCCUCACGCUGUCCACGCACGGCUGCUCGGUGGAGUUCGGUCCGGCCCUCUUCAUCCCUCUCCACCCCCUCGUCACGUACAGCGCCAGUGGCAGCGCCGACGCGAUGGCGUCGCACGGCUCGGCCGCCUCCGAGGCGGACGCCUUGCGCCAGCGGUUCUCCGUGAGCGCGCACCCCCGGCUGCCCUUCCUGCUCGCCUCCGAUGGGUACGUGGUGACGGUGAUGCGUUUGGGCGGCGAGCUGGCGCCGGCGAGGCUGGUGCAGGCUGCGCUGGAGGACGUCCACCGCACGCUAGAGGACGUCCGCAUCGGCCUGGCGGCAUCGCGGCUUCCUGGCGAGGCGGUGCUGCUACGGAGCCUGUCGGUGCUGGGCGCGCCGCCCCCCGAUGAGACGGUGACGGUGGACGCCACGACGGCGCCACCGCCGCUACCGCCGCCCCCCUUUCUGCAGCAAGACCCCGACGAGUGGUCCUGUGGGGGCCACCGAGCUCUGCAGGGCGACGACCUCUACGACGACCUUUCGGACGAAGAGGAAGGGGGGGCGGGGGAUGCGGGAGGAGGGGGGGGCCCCGACCCCCACCCGUACGUGCGCAUGGAGCACGGCCGCGUGGAGUUUGCGGGGAUGCACGAGGAAUCCCGGACCGCCGAGGGGGAGACGGAGCUGACGGCGGCGGGCGGCACCAUCGCGGGCGGCGCGGAUCUCUCGGCCCGGCUCUCGUUCGCUCAGCGCCGGCUGCUCGUCGCGUGGCACCUGCUGCUCACUCUCAGGGAUGUCGACUUCUGGGACACCUGGAUGACCUUCACCGUAAAGUGCGUGGCCCGCCUGUCGGUGCUGCUGCAGUUCUUCGAUUGGCCCCGCGGCAGCGCCGGCCCCGCCGGCAAAGCCGCGUCGCGCUCCGUGCGCCGCGACCCCUGGCCCUUCGCGGUGCUGCAGCUCUUCCGGCGCUGCGCACUGGUGCUCUGCUGGCCCGGCGAGCCCCUACCCCUCCACUGCAGUCACCGCCGGCGCCGGCACCGCCGGGCCCUUCCGUACGGCGCUCGGCUGAGCCUGGAGGUGGCGACGGCGCUGCUGGGCGGGCGCGCUGACACCGGCGACACUCGCGCGCACCUGCGGUCGCUGCUCGCCGCUCUUUCCUUGCUGUCCUUCGCCGAGGCGUGGCUCGACCGCGCGUGCGGGCUGGUGCUGGCACCGGCGCCAGAUCCGCCGGUCCAACCGCCGCUCCCAGAACCGUGCCUUGCGUCGCCGGUAGAGCCUCCCGGCGAGGACGACGAUGAGGCGCCGGCAGAGGUGGCGUUGGAAGAAGCGAUGGCAGAUUCCGUACGAGAGGGGCUUGGCACUGGCGCGGAGCUCUACGCCUUGUGCCAUGCACCGGCAGCGGCAGACCGGCGGGUGGCGCCGACUCUAUCCGGGCGGGUCGCGGUGGUGGGGCCGGAGUGGCUCAGGUCCGUCCUGCACCUCCCCGCACGCAGCGCCGGCAGAGAGAGUAGCCGGCCGGCACACAGGCUCGUCGCCUGCUGGAGGCUGCUGUACAGACACGUUUUGCAGUUCCAGCAGCAGCUGCAGCUGCAGCGGCGGCACGGUGCUGAUGACUGUGACGACGGGGCCGCCCAGGAGCGGCUGGUGGCCUCGCGUAUCGCUGCGGCGGUGCAGGCGCGCCUGCAGUGCGUGGACGGGAGCUUUCCACGGCAGAGACCGUUGCUUGAUAUCACCGGAGAGGAACUUUACCUGAGCGGCUCAUACCACGAGGCAGUGCACACCUGGCGGAGGGCGGUGCUGGAAGACACCGACUCAGGGGGGAGGCGUGGCGCUCACCUACAGACGCGGCACUGCCUGGCGCUGCUUUACGCUCACCUGCACGCGCUCCACCUGCUCCCCGCACUCUGCCUGUGCGACCGCAUGGCCGCACGCCUCCUGCAACCGCACACCGACACAGCGCCGGGGAUUUGUGAGCGGGCGGCGCUGGCUGUGGUUCGCUCCAUGGGCCGGUUCAUGGCGGCAUACUUCACCAACCGUGCACUCUACGUGUUCCCACCGCACAGCGUGCAGACGCUGCCGCCGCUGCACACGACGGCAGCUCCGCCCCAGCGGUGGCGCUUGCUGCCGGUGAGCCGCGCCGGCGUGAGCGCGAGCGCCCGGGCCCAGCGCGUGUCGUCGGCCUGGAGCCCCGAGUACGCGCUGGAGCUGCUGCUCGUGGCGGGGCUCCACGCGGAGGCCGUGUGGCUCGCGCGCACGCUCGGCGACUGGAAGACGGCGGUGGCCGUCGGCCUGGCGUACCGCUCGCACGACCACCACCACCAAAACCGCCACCUCCACCGGCGCCGCCACAACCGCAGUCUAGCUGGCGCCGAUCCCGCGGGGCCACCGCGGGUGUCGCUGCAACUCCCCGACGAGCUCCGACCCGCAAGGAUCUUGCAGGAGAAGCUGCAGGCGCUGCUGCAGACGCCUUUAACGGCGCCGCAGAUGGACCCGGACGGAGCUCGGGCGGCCGAUGUAACAGCCGGCACCGCGUCCGACUCCGCCGCCGCCGCCGACGAGGAGGGAGAGGACGAUGCCCCGGACGCCCUGCUCGCCGCGCUGCGCGAGAUGCUGCACGCGGCCGCCAUGGCCGGGGUGGACGCGCUGGGCCCCGCGCUCGCCGGCGCCGUGGGGGCGGCCCGGGAGCGCGCCGGGGGCGGCUGCCUUGCCGGGCUGGUGCCGCCGGGCCUCUACCUGCCGGCGCCGCCGCUGUACUGCCCGCAGCUCGGCGUGGAGCUGCAGGAGGGUGACGACGCGGCGCUGGCGCAGGAGAAGCGCUCCCGGCACGGCGCGUCGAGCGCGCUGCAGCGGGCGCUGGCGCUGCUGCGCGCGUCGCGCUGCUCCCUCCCCGCCGCGCAGUGGUACAUCCGCCGCCUGCAGAGAGUGCGGCGCACCGUGGGCAAGAUCCGUGCCAAGGAGGGGCGGCCGCCCCCCAAGCCGCUGCCCCCCUCCCUGCUGGCGUACACGAGGAUGCGGGGAGUCGCGCUCGAGCGAGCCGGGGCCGAGGGGCAAGGCACGACGGCGCGCGUUCUUGGUUGCUUCCGUGAGCUCUGUGCCCUCUGCUUCCUGCUGCACAUGCGCGACCGCCUCUCCGAGUGCUGCCGCAAGUACCAGGCGGCGCACGACAGCCUGCACAGCGUGCAGCAACAGCGCGGCUCGGUGUUCGCGUUCGACGGCGCGGUGACGGCGCAGUGCGAGGCGGUGUUGGCGUGGGCCUGCCGCCUGCUGCCCUUCGCACGCUUCCUGCACGCCGAGGAGAUGCUGCAGGACCUCGUGCUCAGCCUCGUCGCAGAGCUGCCCCCCACACGACAGAUGGUGGAGAUUCUGGCGCAGGCGUUCCCGGACGCGGAGGGGGUGCGCGUGCCGCUGCAGGACAAACACCGCUCGCUGCUCAAGCGCCUGCGCUUUGUCUACGUGCAGGACGCAGGGGAGGGGUCGUCGGAGCAGCAGAGCGUGUCUCUGUGUCUGGACGAGCAGCAGGAACGCCGCGACCGCUUCCUGGCGCGCGUCGCACGCACCACGGGCCCCGUGCUCGCCCACAUCUGGGAGCCCGCCGCCAAUGACGACCACGGGGACGACGACGACGACGCCUCCGUGUCCGCCGCCAGGUUUCGUCCGCUGCUGCGCUCCGGUUCGGCCGACUCGGAGAGCGCCGGCAACGCGGACGAGCCGGCGGCGGCGGCGGCGGUGCUGGGGGCCCCGGAUCCAGGCGCGAGCAGAAAGCGGCCGGCGGUUCGGUGCUUCUCCGAUUCGCUGGUGCGGCACGGCGCCGUGCCGGGCGGGGGUUUGUCGGGGAGCAAGGCGCCGGCGUCGUCGUCGCCCUCGUCGGCCGGGGCGACGACGCCGGUGGCCGCGGCGGAGUCGUCGGGGAAGACGCCGGUGAGGAAGGGAUUGUCGCUCGACGGGCGGGUGGGCGCCGCGGCGAGGAGGAGACGGGCGAGCGGUGGUGACAGCAAAUCGCCGUUCCGCGAUGAGUGGUCCGAUCCCGGGAGCCGCGUUGCAGCCGGAAACGCCGGCACCGAUCUGGCGCACGGCACUGGCACAGAGGGAGCGGCGGCGGCGGCAUCGGCGUCGCUGCCGCCUGUCGGGAGCUGGGAGUUCGAGCUGGAGGACGACGAGUACCUGGACUUCCUCGACCUCUUCCUGGGCUACGUGCUCGAGCGUGACUUGGCGGGCGGCGCCGGGCAAGACGACGGGGCAGCCGACUCGGUGCCGCUGCUGGCGCCGUUCACCGAGCUGCUGCGGCGACGCGAGCUCACGUCGCUGGCGUUUGAGGCGCAGGCAAUGCUGAAGCGCUGGGUGGAGCGGCAAGGCGGCGCCCACCGGCCGCUGGCGCGAACUAACAGCCUCCCGGCGGCGCGUGAGCGCAAGCGCGGCCGGGCGAUCGCGGGGACCGGCGGCGCCACCGCCGCACCCGACGAGAAGCCUCCGUUUGAAGCCGGCACGCUCUACCCGGCGCUCGCCGGCCUCUACGCGGAGCUCCGUCCGGAGAGCGGCACGAGCGGGAACCGGUCUCGCGUGAGCCGGAGCGCGGACGCGGUUAAAGAACGUCCCGUACCGAGGGCAGCCGGCGCGACGGGGAUCGGCCCGGAGGCACCGUUCGCGAGAGUCGGCCCCUUCGGCCCCCCGCCCUCGAAGCUCUUCGAGGGCGCGAGGAGUAAACCGGCGCCGCUCGCCGGUGAGACGGUGCGGGAGGCUCCGAGCGGUGGGCUCUUCUGGGCGCGGCGGCAGGCGCAGGCGGAUGUAGGACGACUCCCGGCGGACGAGUCGGAGGGAUCGUGGCUCGAGUUGAGCAGCGCUGGCGCUUGGGGACGCCACCCUCGGCUGACCGGUGGCGCCCACGCAGCGGGAAAGUCCCGUGAAGGAGCGGCCGGAUCGCAGGAGGUGAGGGAGAGGAUGGCCAGCGCGGAGGGGAAGCUGCUGGAGUGGAUGGUGCGCUGGGCUGAUCGGCGCCGGCCCACGCCGGGACACCGCGCCAAAAGAGCGACCGGGGAAGGAGGGGACGGCGCGGUCAUGAGGGUUCGCACGUCCACGGCGGCCCUCCUCACCAGCCUGUGGUUGCUGGAGCGCCGGCAGGGCCAGCGGGGCGCCCCCAGCCCUGGGCAGCAGGACACGGUGGUGGGGUCGGCGCGGGUGAAGGUGUCGCAGCGAUCAUCGGAGAAGGGGGGCAGCACGGACACCGGAUACCACGGCUCCUCCGACACCCCGCCCCCUCCUCCCCGCACCACCGCCCAGCGCUCCAGGCUCGCUCGCCACAACUCGGCAGGGCCGGUGCUGGGUCCUCGGACGCAAGUGGCGACGGUUCACCCGGCGCUGGGGGAGGAGGAGGAGGAGGACCUCGCGACUCCCAUCGCUGGCGACGAGCUUGAGACGUCGGAUUCGGACGUCGACGACGUGCGAGACUCGCGGGACGACGACGCCGAUCGGCAGCUCGUACCACACGGACGCGGCCGGGACGAGUCGAGGGACGAGAGCUCGGGCGAGGGUAGCCGGGCCGAGUCGCCCACGUCAUCCCCGUGGUCGCCCACCGCCUCCGUCGUCAAGCCUUGCCGCAAGUCCAGCCUCAGCUUCCUGCGCGAGGAGGACCCUGGGCUUCAGCUGGGACUCCUGCAGCAGCAGGAGGGAUCUGCAUUCAGGACCGAUCCUUCGCUCCGAGCGGCGCCCACCGACGAGUCGAUGGCGUCGCUGCACGGGGAGUCGAGGGCUCGGGCUGCGGGGGAGCUGAGAGAGGGGGGCGCGGGGGGUCGAGCUACGCGGAGGACCCCAAGCUCUGCAGCCGACGCCGGCUCUGGGUCAUCGCGGGUCGCCUUCAUGGAGGAGGUUCAGCGCUUUGCCCAGUGAGGAACUCAGCAGCACAACUUCAUAUCCAUGAUGCAGGCAGUGGCGAUGUCACUGCCCGGCUUCAUGAGCUCCGACCAGAGCAGGCACCCUCCUCCUCCACCUUCUGUGCCACCACCGCCCUCACCACCGCACUCCCACCACGAUCGUGCUGAUCACGACCGCUACCACCACAGUCGUACGCACCACGAUCAGACUUACCGUGGUCAUGUCCACCACGAUCGCGGCAACCACAAUCACACUCAACGCGACCGCAACCACCACAAUCAUGCCAGCCACGAUUCCAACCACCAUGAUGAGACCCACCGUGAACACACCCACGCGAGCUACCGGCAGCAGCCACCAACUCCACCACCAGUACCAGUACAACCACCACCAUCGCCA